AAAGAACAAGUUUAUGUUAUGGGUGGACAAUUGGUGAAUAGUGAUCAUAUACAAUAUGCUGACAUACUGAUUGAAGAUGGUAAAGUUGUUUCAACAGGUAAAAAUAUUCAAGUUGGAUCAGAUGCAUUAACAAUUGACGCCAGUGGUAUGUUAAUUAUGCCAGGUGGAAUUGAUAUGGCAACAUAUCUGGUACAAGAUGUUCAUUCAUUGGAUAAAGAAGCUUAUUUAAAUGUUACAAAAGAAGCCUUAAUCGGAGGAACAACAACAAUUGUUGAUACAAUUUUAUGUCCAAAAAGUUCAUCAGCUAUUGAACUUUUAACAAAGUAUAAAAGUACAAUGAAAGAUACAAAAUUAUGGUGUGAUAUUAUCAUACGAAUUGGUUUCUUAGAAAUUCAUGAAAGUCAAUUAAACGAAAUAGAUGAUUUAACUAGAAUUCAUGGAAUUAAUUCCUUUUUGUUUAUUAUUGAUCCAGCUGAAAUGAAUAAAACAAGCAAAGAUUCUGUGUUAAUUACAAAUCUGUUAACAGCACUAGAAAAGUGUAAAGAAUCCGGUUCAAUUGUAUUCAUUAAAUCAUAUUUGAAAACCUCAAAUUUGGAUAGCAAAGAUGAUUUGGAAUUAAAAUCAAUUGAAAAAAUCAUCUUCCUUGCUAAUACAGCCAAUUGUCCUGUUGUCAUUUCCUCGCCAAAUGGAUUGAAAACAAUAGAAGAAGUUAGUGAGGCAAGACGUCGGAUACCACCAGCACAUAUGACAGUCUGUUGUACGCCUAAUGCAUUACAACCGACAACGACAAGGGGACAGGUAAAUAACGAUCAUAUUUCUUUUUGUGAAGGUGUUCUUGAACAAGCUAUGAAAGACACUAAAGAAGAAGAUUUAUUCCUAAUGGUUGAAAUUGGUGAUCAGAAUGAAUGGAAUGAUGCCAAUAAUAAAUAUCGUACACACCCACUAUAUCAAGUGAAACAAUUACCCACUUUACUAUCUUUAUCAUUCUUACAAGGUCAAACACAAGUGGCUAGUCGCCUUGAAGGUGAACCGUGUUUAAAUUUAGAAAAUGUUCAAAAGCUAUUUAAAGGCAAUUAAUUAAUAAGAUAUAGACACAAUAAAAAUAAUUGACUGUCUGACGGACUGACUGACUGACUAAAUUGUCAGUUCCUUUUAUUUAAUGCAAUCCACUGCGCCUACCUGAUCUCUCAAUGUUGUGUGUGUUUGUGUGUUGCUAUUGCCUCUGUGAUCAUAUAUAUUUUUCUACCUUAUAGCUUAUGCAUUUUUUGUUAUUUUCUCUUAUUUGAUGUUACUACUUUGUUCUCUAUCACUUGUCGCUAACACAUUUUUUUUUCAGUUCUCAAUGAUAUUUAUUCAGUUGAUAACUAGAGCUUUUAAGCGUUACGAAAUAUAUUGUGUCAUC